AUAUUUAAUUUUAAUAAAUAAAAAAAUACGAAAAAGUAAAAAGAGAGAUAAAGAAAGAAUACCCAGUGUCUCUAUCCGAUGUCAACAGUUUUACCGUGUAUGUGUAUGUAUGGUAGCUAGCUAAUACUAGUCCAUACUCUCGACUCUUUCUGUUCUUCUUUUCUUCUUUUUCUUUCUUCUUUUUUUCUCUUUUCUCUCUCUCUGCAAUGGCUGCUCAACUCUUCAGAGACCUAUCAUUAGGCCAUUCCAAGAGAGAAUCAACAUCAACACCAUCACCACCGUUAAAGAUAAUGCCACCUAGAAAACCACCUACAAUCACCGACGAUCUUCCUUCACCGCUCGGUCAACUUUCAAUCAACCUCUCCGAUUCACAGCUCACCUUAACCGCUUACGAGAUCUUCGUCGCCGCAUGUAGAACAUCCUCCGGUAAGCCUUUAAGUUCUUCCGUUGCUAAUUCCUCUUCCAACAACAACAACAACAACAGCCAUUCCGAUUCAUCGAGUCAGAACUCGUUAGCUAUUCAACGAUCUCUAACUUCUACCGCCGCCAGUAAGGUUAAGAAGGCUUUUGGUUUGAAAUCUCCUGGUUCGGGUUCUAAGAAGAGUCCUGGUUCUGGUUCCGGUUCGGGUCAAGGUAAACCGAAACGGCCGUUAACGGUUGGUGAACUUAUGAGGAAUCAGAUGAGGGUUUCUGAAGCUAUGGAUUCGCGUGUCAGACGUGCGUUGCUCAGAAUUUCUGCUGGACAGGUUGGAAGAAGGAUUGAGUCUGUGGUGGUUCCACUUGAGCUAAUGCAGCAACUCAAAUCUUCGGAUUUUACCGAUCAACAAGAGUAUGAUGAAUGGCAGAAGAGGACUCUCAAGGUUCUGGAGGCUGGUUUAAUUCUGCAUCCUUACAUACCUUUGGAUAAAUCCAACUCUGCUGCGCAGCGGUUGCGGCAGAUUAUUCAUGCAGCUUUGGAUAGGCCUAUUGAUACCGGGAAGAAUAAUGAGUCUAUGCAGGUUCUUCGUAGUGCUGUCAUGUCUCUUGCAAAUAGGUCGUAUGAUGGAUCUCUUACUGAUUCAUGUCACUGGGCUGAUGGGAUUCCUUUGAAUCUUAGGAUUUAUGAAAUGCUUCUACAGUCUUGCUUUGAUGUUAAUGAUGAAUCGUCAAUUAUUGAUGAUUUUGAUGAGCUAAUGGAACAAAUUAAGAAGACAUGGGGAAUACUUGGAUUGAACCAGACGUAUCAUAAUCUCUGUUUUACUUGGGUUUUAUUUCAUCGAUUUGUUGCCACUGGCCAGAUGGAUUUGGAGCUUCUGUCUGAUGCUGAUGGCCAGCUAGCUGAAGUUGCAAAAGAUGCAAAGACAACAAAAGAUUCUGAGUAUUCCAAAAUUUUGAGUUCUACAUUGACUUCAAUAAUGGGAUGGGCAGAGAAAAGGCUUCUUGCAUACCAUGAAACUUUUGAUCGUGGAAACGUUGAAACUAUGGAGGGAAUUGUCUCUUUAGGGGUAGCAGCGGCUAAGAUAUUGGUUGAAGAUAUUUCUAAUGAGUAUCGUCGGAGGAGAAGAACUGAAGUCAAUGUGGCUCGGGAAAGAAUUGAAACUUACAUCAGGUCGUCUCUACGUACUGCCUUUGCCCAGAUAAUGGAGAAAGCAGAUUCAAGCAGGAGGGCAUCAAGAAACCAGCCAAAUGCUCUCCCUCUCCUUGCAAUUCUUGCAAAGGAUGUAGGCAGCCUGGCAGUUCAUGAAAAGCUAGAAUUCAGUCCAAUACUCAAGAGAUGGCAUCCUUUGGCAGCAGGUCUUGCUGUUGCCACUCUUCAUGCAUGCUAUGGAAACGAAUUGAAGCAGUUCAUUUCAGGUAUCACUGAGCUGAGCCCUGAUGCUGUUCAAGUGUUAAGAGCUGCAGAUCAGUUGGAGAAAGACCUUGUGCAGAUAGCAGUUGAAGAUUCAGUAGAUAGUGAUGACGGUGGCAAAGCAAUAAUCCGCGAGAUGCCUCCUUAUGAGGCUGAAGGUGCAAUUGCCAAUCUUGUGAAAAUAUGGAUUAAGACUAGAAUAGACAGACUAAAAGACUGGGUUGAUAGAAAUCUUCAGCAAGAGCUUUGGAGUCCACAAGCAAACCAGGAAGGAUACGCUCCAUCUUCUGUUGAAGUUCUGCGACUCAUAAAUGAAACUCUGGAUGCAUUCUUUGAGCUUCCAAUCCCAAUGCAUCCUGCAUUGCUUCCUGACCUGAUGCACGGCCUCGAUAGAUGCCUUCAGUAUUAUGUUACCAAAUCCAAAUCUGGCUGUGGAUCACGGAAUUCAUUUAUUCCAACAAUGCCAGCACUGACCAGAUGCACUAUUGGCUCAAAGUUUCAAGGCUUUGGGAAGAAAAAAGAUAAAUCUCCAAAUUCUCAGAAGAGAAACUCUCAGGUUGCAACAAAUGGGGAUAGCUCUUUUGGGAUACCACAGCUCUGUGUUCGCAUAAAUACUUUGCAGUGGAUCCUAGGUGAAUUUGAUGUUCUGGAAAAAAGAAUAAUUACUCUUUUGCGGAACUCAGAAUCUGCUCGAGAAGAAGAUUUUUCAAAUGGAUUAGCAAGUAAGUUCGAACUAUCUCCAGCUGCGUGUCUUGAAGGAAUUCAGCAACUCUGUGAAGCUGCGGCAUAUAGAAUUGUCUUCCAUGAUCUAAGCCAUGUUUUAUUGGAUAGUUUGUAUGUUGGAGAUCCAUCAUCUUCCAGGAUUGAUCCGUAUCUUCAGGAACUUGAGCGGAACUUAAUGUUCAUUUCAGACAGUGUUCAUGAAAAAAUUCGCACACGUAUUAUUACUGAAAUAAUGAGAGCUUCCUUCGAUGGGUUCUUGCUUGUAUUGCUUGCUGGAGGUCCCUCUCGUGCUUUUUCCCGGAAGGACUCGCAGAUCAUAGAGGAUGAUUUCAAAUUUCUAAAGGAGCUGUUUUGGGCGAAUGGGGACGGCUUACCUUCUGAAAUAAUAGACAAGUUUGCAACUCCCCUGAGGUCCAUCCUUCCCCUUUUCAGGACAGACACAGAGACCCUCAUUGAGCAGUUUAGACGGAUAACACUUGAGACAUAUAAAUCUUCCGCCCGGUCUAGAAUUCCAUUACCUCCAACUUCUGGACAGUGGAAUCCAUCUGAACCAAAUACAUUAUUACGUGUUUUAUGCUAUAGAAAUGAUGAAUCAGCUUCUAGGUUUCUUAAAAAGACAUACGAUCUCCCUAAGAAACUGUAACAACGUUGAGAACCAGUUAAUGGAAUUGCAAACUGGGAGAUGCACUCUGUGUAACUGUCUGGUUUGUGUUCCCUGUAUUUAAUACGACCUUGCCCAGCAGGUAAUUUAUCGGCAUUUUCUAUCAAGCUUUACUUGCACUACAUUGGGAAUAUUUACCAAAGGCUUGGUGCUACUGGCAUAUUCUCUUCGAAGUGAGGCAUGAAUAAAUGUUGGGCAUGAGUAUAACACAAGCCUAUUUGCAAAAGGUAGUUGACUAUUAUUUAUGAUUCAUUAAUUUUUGGAAGAUUAGAGAUGUCUCUGUGGCUUAUUCUGUGUUUAGCUUCAUUUUUUUUCCUUUCUUUUACUUUUUGAGAUUUCUUUUUUAUAUAUAGUAUAUUAAAAUGGUAUUAUUCUUUUGUUAAUUUUCUCUGGAUUGUGUUUUCCCUUAUUUAUUACUAGUACGAAAUGCAGUUAUACAGGCAUUGUAUAGCCUAUUUGUUGAUUAAUUAAGUAUAUAUAUGUCAUUAUUUAUUUAU